AUGAUAUCAUCGAAGUUGAUAUUGCUUUCUGUUGCUUUAUGCCUUGUGGAUUGUUGCCUACCCGCACCCGCCAUAAAAACCAAAACCAAAACCAAAACAACAAAGAAAACACCAUCAGCCGCCGUCGCAGAAGGCCUCGCUAUUUUGUUGAUAAAACCAAAAACCAAUAGCUUCUCGUACCCAGGAAAUGUAGCUAGAUUGCGGAAUGAGGAAAGGCACCGAAUUGCAAGAGAAUUGGGUGUUGGAAGCACAACCGAAGACUCAACAACAAUGGACCCAACCAAAGAUACAACAACAAUGGACCCAACCAAAGAUACAACAACAAUGAAUCCAACCAAAGCUUCAACAACAAUGGAUCCAACCAAAGAUACAACAACAAUGGACCCAACCGAAGAGUCGACACCUGGGCCUGAUCCUAAAGAAGAAACAAUUAACAAUAUCAAAUCAGCAAUAGAUUCAUCUUUCCUGGUGGCUCUCGAGAAGCAAAAAAUCACUGUCCCGAUUAAAAAUAUCACUUUUUCUUUCAAUCGCAAACUUCCUAUUUCUGAAGGAGAUCUUUGUGAUGGGACAGCGUUCUACGACCUCACAGGCGAGUACAUUACUUGUAAAGGCAAACCCAUUGUUGCUAGAGCUGAUAUCACGAUCGACUUGAAAUCACCCGUUGAUAGAUUGACAUUUGAGGCUGCUUUCAAAGAGGCACUAAAGCAACUUGACGACCUCUUCGCCAUCACCAACGCAGCUACUUUCAAAUUCAAA